AUGGCGAGCCACCAGCAGCCCUCGCCCACCACGGGCAUGCCGCCGCACCAUGGAGGCCCGCAUCUCGGGCAUCCGCAGCCCAACGGCCAUCCUCAACAUAUGAGCCAGCCGAAGACGCCGUCGCAGUAUCUCCAGCAGCUCACCGAGUCUGUCUGGACCAAUCUAGGAUCGCUGUCGGAGCAAAUGCAGGAUCUCGACGGCGCAAUGCAAUGCUACGAGCAGGCCCUGAAGCAUAACCAGUGGUCCAUUCCUGCUAUGCAAGGUAUCGCAUGCAUUCUUCGCGCGCGGGACCAGUUCCCUCAUGCUGUUGAAUAUCUGCGCACCAUCCUCAAGGUCGAUCCUGCCAACGGCGACGUGUGGGGUAGCCUCGGCCACUGUUACCUCAUGAUGGACGAUCUGCAGCAAGCGUACUCGGCUUAUCAGCAGGCCUUGUAUCAUCUGUCUGACCCCAAGGAGCCCAAGCUUUGGUACGGCAUUGGCAUCCUCUAUGAUCGGUACGGGUCAUUGGAGCACGCCGAAGAAGCUUUCUCUCAAGUGAUGCGCAUGGAGCCAAACUUCGAGAAGGCCAACGAAAUCUACUUUCGACUUGGCAUAAUAUACAAGCAACAACAAAAGUUCAACCAGAGUCUUGAUUGUUUCAAGUACAUCGUCACCAACCCGCCUCGUCCGUUGACUGAAGAGGACAUCUGGUUCCAGAUCGGACACGUCUACGAACAACAGAAGGAGUUCGACUCGGCCAAGGCCGCGUACAGACGUGUGCUGGAACGUGACCCCAACCACGCCAAAGUGCUGCAACAGUUGGGCUGGUUGCACCACCAGCAAAGCAGCAACUACGCUAGUCAAGAACAGGCUAUCGAGUACCUCGAGAAAUCAGUGGCUUCUGAUCAAACGGACGCACAGAGCUGGUACUUGCUCGGGCGCUGCUACAUGUCACAGCAGAAGUACCCCAAAGCUUAUGAAGCCUAUCAGCAGGCUGUCUACCGAGACGGCCGUAAUCCGACUUUCUGGUGCUCUAUCGGUGUGCUUUACUACCAGAUCAACCAGUAUCGCGAUGCCCUUGACGCAUACUCCCGAGCCAUCCGCCUCAAUCCCAAUAUUAGUGAGGUUUGGUACGAUCUCGGCACUCUGUACGAAUCAUGCAACAACCAGACAGCCGACGCGUUGGACGCCUAUCAACGCGCUGCUGACCUUGAUCCGUCUAACGUGCACAUCAAAGCGCGUCUUCAACUACUCCAAAACGGACAGACCACAGCCGGCAUGCCCAACCAAGGCAGUGCACCAGCACCUCAGGAUGUCCAUCCUCAGGCAUAUCAGCCUGCCUCUAUCCAUGGACCUGCGGCGCCUCAGUGGGGUGCCCCUCAACCCCAGCAGCCUCCUCAGGGCCCUGCUCCGCCUGCUCUAGGUGCUUCCGAGUGGAACAGGCCUUUGGCCCAGAUUCGCGAACCAGGGCUCCCUCCUCAGCAACUGAACCCUUACGACCAGCGAGAAGGCAUUCGCCCGCCUGCGCAGCAUGCUACCCAACGACCACCGAGCCCGUUGAAGCAGGAGCCAAUGCGUCCCUACCAGGAACCUUCGCGUCCUCCCACCAACGGGCCUGGUCCCUCCGGUCCUACUGGGCCUCCAGGACCUCCUCCGCCAGGUGGCAUGCGUCGCGGGCUUUCGCCGUCUCCUAAGACUCAUCACGCUGCUCCCAGCCCUUAUCACCCACCGCCUCCCCAGCUGACGCCUCAAGCGUCCCAGGCGCAGCCUCACCUGCCUCCACAUCAGCAACAGCAGGCUCAGCAGCAGCAACAAGGCCCUCCGCCACCACCUCUCAACCGUAUCUCGAACCCUAACUAUGGGGCACAUGCGAACAACGGUCCCCCGCCACCACCUCCGCCGCCUACUGGAUUGAAUGGCCCUGCACAGGGUCCUCCACAAUAUCCUCGCAUUGGCAGCCCGGCUCCCGAGGUUCGUCCUAUUGUCGAAAACAAUAGGGCUGGAUCCCCUCGCAACGGGUACCAGGGCCAAUUCCAUCAUCCUGACCCAUCUGCUGUCGGUGGCAUUGCCAGUGGUGCCCCGCCGCCUGCCUCUGCUCUGGUAGCUGCUGAGCAAGCUGCCCGUGACCGAGAAGAUCGCCCUCCUACGGCACCUCCCAAGCGCCAUCGUGAGUGGGAGGAUGGCGAACACCCACACCCCAAGCCACCUACGAAUGACGAGAAGCGUCAGAAACUGGAGGAGCCUCACAGCCGACGCCCAUCUCCGCCCCACCGCAUGUCGUCGCCACAGGUACCGCGUCACAGCCCUCAAGAUGGUCCAGAUCCUCGUCGGUUCAACGAUGGUUACCACCCGUCGGAAGCCGCUCAUCAUCCGCCAUCGUUGCCUCCAAUGAGCACGCCGCAGCCAAUGCCUCCACGCGUGUCUGAGACACCCAAACAGGAGCGCCCAGAGCAUCAUGAGCCGGCAGCUCGUCACGUGGAAGUCGAUGAGAACUACGAUGACGACGGCGAGGAGAACAAACCUGCCGCGGCCAAAUCUGAGCGUAGCAGCCCCCGCGGUGCUUCAACUAACGGCGCAUCGCACGCCCCUACGCCGGUGGAGUCGAAGUCGUAG